AUGCUUCGUUUCUACUCCCUACCACCCGAGAUUCAGAACAUGAUUCUCAAUCUCGUCGCUGAACCUUCAACAACUUCCUCCACACCCCAAGCACCCUCAGCCCCUGAGAAGUCCAAUCUAGCUCCGUACGCCUGCGUCGAUAAGUUCUGGAACUCAUUUUUCGAGUCAAGAACAUUUAACAACCUCAUCAUCACGCAAGAUGACAUCCCUACUCUCUCCCAAAUCGUGGGCCGCCAAAAACGCCUAUUCCUCCAUCACCUCUGGCUUCGCAUCGAGCUGCCAAAGUAUCUAACCUCAACGAUAAAAGAGGAAGAAAAUCCCAAGGUCCUCUGGGCACUAGAUUCGGUUUUUACCAAGUCUAUUUUUAACCUCUGGGAUGUCCUUUCAGUAUGGAACAGCACCGGACAUAAUGGCAUGACCCUCGAACUUAGUGCUUUUUCGCCAAGGGACUGGAAUAGUUUCCUCGUCCAUAACUGCUCUGUCGAAAAGGAUGUAGAGCUCUACAAAAAGUAUCUCACAUCUGGCUCGACAGAGCAGUACGAAGCCGUUAGUGAUGUACACGAGCCGUACGUCAACCUGCACCAUGCUAUUCGCAACGUACCGAGGCGCAACGACUACUGGUUCCCGACAGUCAACAACCUUUUUGGUUGGAAGCCGCUUGAAUUUACCGAAGACGUUGCGCAGUUGCCUCCAGUCUCGGUGGUGACCAAGUUCCUUAUCCGACGACAGCAGUUUCGGGAAAUCUAUCCCACUGCUCUGGAGACGAUGCUUAGCAGUCUAACGAAUGUACAAGAAAUCCACGUCGAACGCUGGCGCUGUGCAGAGUCUAGUGACGAAAAGAUGUGGUGCAAGGAGGCACAGAUUACCUUUGGAAUGUCUCUACCACCAUCAGUCCAAAGACUCAGUCUAUACGGCGAAACAAGCAAGGUAUUUCAUAUCUGGGAGCCCAAGAAAGCCACAGUUGUCAGUCUGGCCAAGACGCUGCGACAAUACACCAGGCAUCUGGAGUCCCUCUCCAUUUCGCAUCUCAUAGAUGCAAAGGAGUUUCUACGUCCGUUCUACUCUGACAACGGGGUCAGAUUGUUACCCGACUGGAAGAAUCUGAAGAGGUUGUCGCUCACCUCGGAUAUCUUCAAGACCGGUACAGAGAAGGACGUCAACGAUCUUUUGUGCGCGGCCGCUCGUGCUUCAAAGAAGAUGCCCAAAAUCGAGAUGCUGGAGCUAUGGAACGGCGAGGCAGCCUGUGUCUUUUGCUACCGAGUGGAAGACACAAUGAGCGAGAUCACUUGGCGUGGAAUGCAUUUCCCAAUCCUCGACAAUGAAGUGGUCAGAACUUGGGAGGCUGCUUCCAUCAACAACAAUCGUCCAGACGUCAGAGAAUCAGCCAAGCCUAUCAAGAUAGAGAACAUUGUAUCUUCUAGGCAAGUCCUUAAGUACGUGACCAGCAGAUACCGGAUUCUGCAUCCCGUCUCUGCCAUUAGGGCAAUUUGGAAGAGAAGGAGGGGCAAAUCAGAUGACUAUGAGACGAGAGGCAGGAAAAGAGCGAAGAAAUAUGAAAUCAAGGAUGAAUGUUCCCUGGCGCAACAGCAUAGCAUUGGAGUUUGGUAUGACGUUUGA